CCACUCCACAACACAGGUCACUCUGUCGCUUAUAAAAUUAAUACAAAAUAAAUAAUAAUUUACCGAAAGCAGCAACAACAUUUUAUUUUUAUUUCGUGGUUAUAUUUAAUAAUUUUUAUUUCUAAUCUUCAAUUAGAAUCAUUUUGUUUCUUCGACGAUUAAAGAAAAUAAUUAUUUUUCGUAGUUUUCUUCUUUGUGUCGUCCUUAAAGUUUUUCCUUUUGACUUCGUUCUUAUUAAUUUUUUGGGAAAAGAUUUCUUUUCUUAAAUUCUUGUUCCCACUCAAUUUUUAAUUAAAUAAUAACCAAUUAAUUUUUGUGUGUCGCGUGAUUUUGUAUUUAAAAAAUAAAAUUUACUGUAAAUAAAAAAAAAGUUGACGGAAUCAUUUUUUUUGUUGAUCAAAAAACAUUGUGAACUCAUUUUGUAAAUAUUCAAAAAAAAAACAUCGUCCAUUUUGAGUGGAAUCAAUAAUAUUGUCUUCAAAAGAGCAACAAUAACAAAAAACAUCACAGCAAAAACUCGCCGCAUAAUUUUACUAAGAAACCUUCAAGGUUUUGAUUUCUAAUUGAUUUUCAACGUGGAUAAAAUUAAAAUCUCAAAAUUUCUGUCGAAAUGAUGGCCUCAUCUUUACAAUUUAAUAAGCUGCUUUAUGCACCCGCGACAUCAAGUGGCGCCCCAAGCGAGACUCAGAGUGAAAUAUCCUCAGCGGACAGUGGCUGGAGUGACAUACGAGCAAUAGCCCUAAGACUAGGAGUAUCUAAUCCGGAUGACUUGCAUACGGAACGUUUUAAAGUUGACCGUCAUAAACUUGAAAAUAUGAUAAAAAUUGAAAGCAACAUUGAAGGACUCAAUAGCGCUGAAUAUUUUUUUGAGAGCGUUAUGAACACAACUGAAACUUAUAUCGGUUGGCCAUGUAGACUAAAAAUUGGAGCCAAGAGCAAGAAGGAUCCCCAUGUGCGCAUUGUUGGCAAACCGGACGAUGUUAAUCGGGCAAAAGAACGCAUCCUGGCAAACCUCGACUCGAGGGGCUCUCGAGUUAUAAUGAAAAUGGACGUCUCCUAUACCGAUCAUUCGUACAUUAUUGGACGUGGUGGCAACAAUAUUAAACGUAUUAUGGAGGACACUGCCACCCAUAUACACUUUCCCGAUUCGAAUCGAUCGAAUCCAACGGAGAAAAGUAAUCAGGUGUCAUUGUGCGGUAGUUUGGAGGGAGUUGAACGUGCUAGGGCAUUAGUGCGUUUAUCAACGCCAUUAUUAAUGUCUUUCGAAUUGCCGAUUAGGGCUGAGGGUGAGCCUAUUCCAAGUCAUGAUACACCGUAUAUUAAAGAGGUCGAAUUAAAAUUUAACGUGCAGGUCAUCUUUUCAUCGAGACCAAAAUUGCAUUCUUCUUUAGUUUUGGUUAAGGGAUCUGAAAAGGAUGCCGAUAAAGUGCAGGAAGCUACUCAGCUAUUGAUUAAUUGUACUUGUGGUAAAUAUGCGGCAGAAAUGUUGGUUCAAAUGCAACUGGAAAUUUCGCCCCAGCAUCAUGAGAUCGUCAAGGGAAAAAACAACGGAAACUUAGUAACCAUAAUGGAGCGAACCAAAACUGAGAUAAGGUUCCCCGAAUUGUGCGAUGCUAAUGUUAAGCCAAUAAGAAGAUCACAAGUUGUAAUAACUGGAACAAUUAGUGGAGUUUACAAAGCCAGGCAGCAAUUGGUGGGAAAUCUUCCGAUAACAUUGAUAUUUGACUUUCCUGACAAUCAAAAUGAUGCUACCGAAAUAAUGAGCCUAAGUAAUAAAUAUGGUGUUUUCAUAUCACUGCGACAAAAACAACGACAAAGUACUAUGGCUAUCAGCAUAAAGGGGGUUGAAAAAUUUAUUGAUAAAAUCUACGAGGCUCGUCAUGAGAUUCUACACUUGAAGAGCACUCUCGUCAAGCCGGAAAUACCACCAUUAUAUUUCUCACCAAAAGAUCAAGAGGUUGAAACGGCUUAUCGUCGUUCUCUGACAUCGCUCUUGGCUAGCUAUCCGGACAGUCCUUUGACCCCGAACAAUGUUGGUAAGGCAUCAUCGACUGUUUCCCCACAAAUGAAUAUCUCUGCAUAUAAUAACAACAAUAAUAAUAAUAACAACAACAACAACAAUAACAACAACAACAAUACCAUGACUCAAAAUUUGAAUAACUACGCAAGUAAUAAAUACCAAGGAACUCCCACCGGAAUUUGUGCUCCAACUCAAAAGUAUCUUCAAGUUCAUAAUAAUAGCUUCAAUCGAAAUCAGCCAAAUAACAACAAUAAUUAUUUACAAAUGGCGCCAUCUACUCCGGUCGGUUGUAUCGUGCCACGGAAUACCUUGAACACUUCCAGGGGAAGCCAAGGUAUUACGAACAUGGCCAAUAACGCCAAUGCGAAUAGUCACAAUACGAGUGGAUAUCAGAGUUUUAGUAGUAGUACUACUUCAUUGGAGCAAUCCUAUCCACCGUAUACGGGACAACCAGGAGCCCCAAGUCACGGCCCAUAUUCACCGGAUUCGACGUACAGCAGUGAAGCUGGUUGUCGUAUAGGACGACGGUCAAGUGAUGGGGUAUUGCUGGGACUUGGAGGGACCGGUGGCAUUGGCAGUAGCGGGGGCGGAGGAUCUGCUGGAUUCGGAGCUUCAAAUGAGAAUUAUCGUAAUCAACAUUUUGACUUAAGACCACGGGUCUUCGACUUUGAUAUGAAACGUUUCAUGGGUUUCAAGGCCAUGGAACGUGCCCCGGUUAGUGGGGAGCUCCGUACACCGAAUGCCAACUGGAUUGGCCUGGCACUUAGUCGCACAUCACCGGCACCAUUGGAAACGAGUGACGACAAUGCAUGGAAUCGCAAUAGUGGAUGUGCUGCUUCAAGUGCUGAUGGUGCUGGUACUGGUGGAGCUGGUGGAGCUGGAGGAGCCGGAGGAGCCGGGGGAGGAGGAGGAAACGGUGGCAGUGGAAAUACUAACAGCGGAACAAAUAAUUCCAAUAACACUGCUGCUGGAGGCGGCAAUGGUGGUAAUAAUAAUCCCUCGACUGGAGGAAUUCCAAUAUCACCCUAUUGCAUGGGCGCAACUACUGGAAUCAUUGAUUCGACACCAUUAAAUCGACGUAUACAAAUGUCCCAACAAAAGAAUAUACAUUCUCUAUUAGUUACUCUCGGAUUGGAACAUUACAUAAAAACCUUCGUUAUGAACGAAAUUGAUUUGGAAAUGUUCACAAUCCUAACUGAAAACGACCUUAUUCAAAUGGGCAUUACGGCAUUUGGUGCACGUAAGAAACUCCUUGCUGCCAUUCACACAAUGCAAGCAACUGAGGUUGCGGCUCUUAGUAUGCCAUCCUCAUCUAAUUCAUCACCACGUUUCUCAGGAUCGGCUGCGCCAGGUGCCGAGAGACGUACUUCGAAUGGAUGGUAGAAUAUAUAUUAGUAUCUACCUACAUACAGAAGCAUUUAAAAUACCCUCUAUAAAAAGGAUUUGCAGGGCUAUAUCCUGUGUUUUGUGGGUAAAAUGCCUCAGUAAAAAAUUAUAGUUUUAAGGGACCUUGCAUGAAAUAGCUUAUAUAUGAUAGGUACCCCAAGAACUCACAACUUCUUAUACAUAUAUAUUUUUUUUUUACUUUUUUGUAGUUUUAAGUUUGCAUGCUUUUCCGAUCCGGAUUUAAUUAUUACUACAAUUAUUAUAACAAAAAGAAAAAAUAACUUUACAAAUUUUUUUAAGGACUUUGCAAAACAAUCCUGUGGCUUAAAAUCUAAUGAUGAGUCAAAAACUCAUAAUCAUAAUUGUUUAAUAUUUUUUUUAACAGCAACGAUAAGACAAAGCCUAGGAUGUCCUUUCAUUCUUUUUUUUUGCAUCUCCCAAUUUUUUUUUAAAUUUAAACGAAAAACUGUACCCAUUUGUAAUUAUAACAAUUCUACU